AUGGAAGGCGCUGUCGAUGAUCCCGAGCGCCACCUAGACAACAACUCAAUGGAAGAGCUCAUGUACAGGGACAUGGUCCGUCUGGCCGACGACCUCGGCAUUGGGCCGCUGAUGAUGGACCCCGUCCACGGCUUCUUCGUGUCGAUCCGGCCUAGGUGGCUGACUCAGCCCCGCCCUAGUCCUGUAAGGCGCACUUUCCGCGGAGCCAGUCCAAUCGAGGAGCGCGUCGGGCUGCUUCCCGACACCACCCCCAGCGCGCCCACCAGCGACACGCUGCCCAGUCCCCCGCGCGCGGCAAAAAAGAGCAAGAAGGCGAAGGCGAAGAAGGCUGGCAAGGCGAAGGUGACCAAGGCGACUCCGAAGGCGACUCGGACCGUGGCGACUCAGCGCCGCCGCAGCGCGCAAACAAUGUCGGACGCGUGGCCCGACCAGCGGCGCAGCAUGCGGGUGCAGGAGAGAUUGGCCAUACAGGCGUCGCUGGCCGACGUUGCGGUGAGGCAAGCGCAGGACGCUGCGGCGGCUGCGGACAAGGACACUCCAAUGCAGGCCGCAGACGCUGCGGACGAGGACACUCAGGACACUCGUAUGCAGGACGUUGACGAGGACACUCCUAUGCAGGACGUGGGCGACGUGGCUCGGUCCACUCAAGACACUAUUCUGGGUCAGCAAGACACUAUUCUAGGUCAGCAAGAUACUAUUCUGGGUCAGCAAGCCAGCCAGCAAGACACUCCGGGUCAGCAAGGCACUCACGUGCAAGACACCAUUCACGUAGCCACGCAAGGCCCCACGACUCCGCGCCCGCGUGGCCGUCCGCUGCAGCGCGUCCCCGCGCCUCCGCUGCGGCAGCGUGGCGGCGGCGGCGUCGCCACGUCUCCGGUGCGUGGCCGUGGCCGGGACCGCAUCCUCAAGAGCAGCUUCCGGCGCACGACGCGACCAAGGCGCAAAGUGUACUUUGGCCACAACACGCACUACAGCCCGCCGCCGGCCAAGGCCUACAACCCAGCCAGUCCCCCGGUGCGCACGGCAAACCCAGGCGCGGGCAACGCCAGUCGCCCCACUGGCAACGACUACUCCAGCCUCGACUCCAGUCGCGCGGGCAACGACACGGGCAACGACUCUACGGGCAACCCCACGGGCAACCCCAGUCGCCCCACGGGCCUCUACCCACUCAACCCAUUCAGUCGCCCCAUGAGCCUCUACCUACUCAACCCAUACAGUCGCCCCACGGGCAACACGGGCAACGACUCCAGUUGCACGGGCCUCACGGGCAACCCCAGUCGCGCCACGGGCCUCAACCCCACGGGCAACCCCACGGGCAACCCCAGUCGCCCCACGGGCCUCUACCCACUCAACCCAUUCAGUCGCCCCACGGGCAACACGGGCAACGACUCCAGUCGCACGGGCCCCACGGGCAACGACUCUAGUCUCCCCACGGGUAGCUACUUCGGCCUCAACUACUAUACUCCCGUUAUUCGGCGUAUGCCUCGAGAUGACCAACUGUAUGGCCAUGGCCAAGUCGGCCGGCCCACGGUGCGCUACCCCACGGGCCUCGACUCCACGGGCAACGACUCAGACAGUCACGUCGUUCGGCGUAUCCCUCGCGCCACGGGCAACAACUACAGCAACGACUACACCACGGGCAACCACUCGGGCGACAGUCGCGUCGUUCGGCGUAUCUCUCGCGCCACUGGCAACGACUACAGCAAUGACUACAACGACUACAGUCGCACGGGCAACGACUACCGCCCGGGCAACGACUACAGCCGCUUGGGUAACGACUACAGCAACGACUACAGUCGCCCCAAGUCACAGGGUCGCCCCACCGGCAACGACUACUCGGGCCUCACCUACAGUCGCACGAGCAACGACUACUCCUCCACAGGCAGUCGCCCGUCACAGAGACAGCCCACGUCGCAGACACAGCCCAGCGUAGCCAGCAGCGUCCUCAGCUACCGCCUCAGCCCCAGCUUCGCCGACGCUAGCAGCGACUUGGCCAGCGCCUUGGCCACGGCCGAGGCCAUCGUCGCUCGCGCCGACCUGGAAGAGAACGUCGCCCUCGCCGCUCGCGCCCUCUACCAGCUCAGUCUCGGCCAGGUCAGGGAGGGCCAGCUGCAAGAGUCGCAAGAGUCAGCGCAGCAGUCGGCGCAGCAGUCGGCGCAGCAGUCGCAGCAGUCAAUCUACCCAGCGCAAGAGUCGCAAGGGUCGGCGCAGCAGUCGGCACAGCAGUCGCAGCAGUCGAUCUACCCAGCGCAAGAGUCGCAAGGGUCGAUCUCGCAGCAGUCUAUCUCGCAGCAGUCCAUCUACCCAGCGCAGCCGCUUGAGUCUUACGCAGCGCAGUCCCCAACAGGGCCGCAGUACCAGAUACUGGAGUCGGCGCAAGAGUCGGCGCAGGGAACAGCGUCGGGAACAGCGCUGCCGUUGAUUUACUCCGGAACAGCGCCGCAAGAGUCGACUUACCUCUGGCUACCGUACCCGCAAGAGGCAGCGCAAGAGACGGCGCAAGAGUCGACUUCGGGAACACAGGCACCUGCACAGCCACCGACUUACGGAACAUUACAAGAUUCGAUUGACCUAACAGAAAUCAAGCAGGAGGAGGGCGAAGAGUCGACUUACGGAACGCAGUCGACUUACGGAGCGCAGUCGACUUACGGAGCGCAGCACCGACUUACGCACGGGCACCAACUUACGGAACAUUACAAGAUUCCAUUUUCCCAACAGGGCAUCCGCAAUACCAGAUCAAAGCUGGAAGAGGGACAAGAGGAGGGAGCGCAAGAGGCAGCGCAAGAGGCAGCGCAGUUGACUUACGGACAGGCACCCGCACAGCCAACUUACGGACCACAGGCACCGACUUACGGACAGGCACAGCCGACUCCAGCACCGCGCUACACCACGUGGAGCCCCCUCAACCCGCCGCUGCGCGCGGCUCGCCGUCCAGCUUGUGCCGUCGAGUCGAGCAUCCACCUGCGCGAGGACGAGGACGCUGAGGACGGCACUGGCGGCACUGGCGGUUCCGGGCAUACUCUGGGGAUCCUCUGGGAUUCGGGGAUCUGUCUGGGAUCCGUCUGGGAUCCGUCUGGCAUCGGCUGGGCAACUUGCACUCUGGGGAUUGGUCUAUGGGGAUUGGUCGUCUAG